AUGGCUGUCAAGCACAGCUUCCAGACCCUCUUCGCCGUCCCGCUAUCCUGCGACGGCUGCGUCAAGUCCGUUUCAGACUCUCUCUACAAACUCGAUGGCAUCUCCAAGGUCGAGGGAAACCUCAAGGACCAGCUGGUAUCAGUCGAGGGAUCUGGUGAGCAUGGCAUCAUGAGCAUGCCACUUCACGGCAUCAUCUGCCAAUCUGCUAACGCAUCGGGCCCUGCCGCAGUCGCACCCUCGGCCAUCGUCGAGGCCAUCCAAGCUACGGGGAGAGACGCCAUCCUUCGCGGAUCCGGCGCUUCCAACAGCGCCGCUGUGAGCAUCUUGGAGACGUUUGCUGACCAAACGGAGCACGUCGAGGAUGAUACCAGCCGGGAAGUGAGAGGCCUCGCUAGAAUGGUCCAAGUUAGCCCUGACCGGACAUUGAUCGAUCUCACAUUAAGGGGCGUUGCUCCCGGCACGUAUCGGGCAACUAUUCGUGAGUAUGGGGAUCUCAAGGACGGCGCUGAAUCUACUGGCCCGGUCUGGGCUGGGGGCGAAAAGGAGGAGCCCAAGGGAUCUCUUGGGAUUGUUCAGGUAUCCAAGGACGGCCGCGGAUCUGCGUUUGUGGACCACGCCUUUCAGAUCUGGGAAGUCAUUGGCCAUGCCAUGGUUCUCACCAGACAGGAUGAGACUCAGCCGCUCAAGAACGACGACAACACUGUAGUCGGCGUCAUUGCGCGAAGCGCGGGUAUGUGGGAUAACGACAAGACUGUCUGCUCCUGCACGGGCAAGACGCUGUGGGAAGAGAGAGAGGAUGAGGUCAAGAAGGGAAUGCUGUAA